AUGCACGCGUGCUGCCUGAUUCAUCCGCGCGGAGGCGCGCGGGGAGCGCGCGGAGAAGCGCGCGGCGCUGCCCUUCGCCGCGAACGACGCGCGGUCGAGCUGCCGCGCGCACCUCGGGGAGAGAGAGGGGCCAAGCUGAGGUGCUGUGCGGAGAUAGAAGCACAACGGGCAGCACUGCCAGUGGUGGCGGGGGAGGGUGACGGGGUGGAGGCCGCGGGGAGCAGCAGUGCUGUGUGCGGCGAGACGGGGUCGGGGAAACCAAUCAGUAUCAAAGAAGUUCCGCAGGUGCUGUGGUGUGGGGGAAAGGGCAGGUGCUGUGGUGUGGGGGAAAGGGCAGGUGCGUGUGGUGUGGGGGAAAGGGCAGGUGCUGUGGUGUGGGGGAAAGGGCAGGUGCUGUGGUGUGGGGGAAAGGGCAGGUGCGUGUGGUAUGGGGGAAAGGGCAGGUGCUGUGGUGUGGGGGAAAGGGCAGGUGCGCGUGGUGUGGGGGAAAGGGCAGGUGCGUGUGGUAUGGGGGAAAGGGCAGGUGCUGUGGUGUGGGGGAAAGGGCAGGUGCUGUGGUGUGGGGGAAAGGGCAGGUGCUGUGGUGUGGGGGAAAGGGCAGGUGCUGUGGUGUGGGGGAAAGGGCAGGUGCGUGUGGUGUGGGGGAAAGGGCAGGUGCGUGUGGUGUGGGGGAAAGGGCAGGUGCGCGUGGUGUGGGGGAAAGGGCAGGUGCGCGUGGUGUGGGGGAAAGGGCAGGUGCGCGCGGUGUGGGGGAAAGGGCAGGUGCGAGCGGUGUGGGGGAAAGGGCAGGUGCGCGUGGUGUGGGGGAAAGGGCAGGUGCGUGUGGUGUGGGGGAAAGGGCAGGUGCGCGUGGUGUGGGGGAAAGGGCAGGUGCGCGUGGUGUGGGGGAAAGGGCAGGUGCGCGUGGUGUGGGGGAAAGGGCAGGUGCGCGUGGUGUGGGGGAAAGGGCAGGUGCGCGCGGUGUGGGGGAAAGGGCAGGUGCUGUGGUGUGGGGGAAAGGGCAGGUGCUGUGGUGUGGGGGAAAGGGCAGGUGCUGUGGUGUGGGGGAAAGGGCAGGUGCGCGCGGUGUGGGGGAAAGGGCAGGUGCGCGUGGUGUGGGGGAAAGGGCAGGUGCGCGCGGUGUGGGGGAAAGGGCAGGUGCGAGCGGUGUGGGGGAAAGGGCAGGUGCGCGUGGUGUGGGGGAAAGGGCAGGUGCGCGUGGUGUGGGGGAAAGGGCAGGUGCGCGCGGUGUGGGGGAAAGGGCAGGUGCGAGCGGUGUGGGGGAAAGGGCAGGUGCGCGUGGUGUGGGGGAAAGGGCAGGUGCGUGUGGUGUGGGGGAAAGGGCAGGUGCGCGUGGUGUGGGGGAAAGGGCAGGUGCUGUGGUGUGGGGGAAAGGGCAGGUGCUGUGGUGUGGGGGAAAGGGCAGGUGCGCGUGGUGUGGGGGAAAGGGCAGGUGCGCGCGGUGUGGGGGAAAGGGCAGGUGCGCGUGGUGUGGGGGAAAGGGCAGGUGCGCGCGGUGUGGGGGAAAGGGCAGGUGCGCGUGGUGUGGGGGAAAGGGCAGGUGCGCGCGGUGUGGGGGAAAGGGCAGGUGCGAGCGGUGUGGGGGAAAGGGCAGGUGCGCGUGGUGUGGGGGAAAGGGCAGGUGCGUGUGGUGUGGGGGAAAGGGCAGGUGCGCGUGGUGUGGGGGAAAGGGCAGGUGCGCGUGGUGUGGGGGAAAGGGCAGGUGCGCGUGGUGUGGGGGAAAGGGCAGGUGCGCGUGGUGUGGGGGAAAGGGCAGGUGCGCGUGGUGUGGGGGAAAGGGCAGGUGCUGUGGUGUGGGGGAAAGGGCAGGUGCUGUGGUGUGGGGGAAAGGGCAGGUGCUGUGGUGUGGGGGAAAGGGCAGGUGCGUGUGGUGUGGGGGAAAGGGCAGGUGCGUGUGGUGUGGGGGAAAGGGCAGGUGCGCGUGGUGUGGGGGAAAGGGCAGGUGCGCGUGGUGUGGGGGAAAGGGCAGGUGCGCGCGGUGUGGGGGAAAGGGCAGGUGCGAGCGGUGUGGGGGAAAGGGCAGGUGCGCGUGGUGUGGGGGAAAGGGCAGGUGCGUGUGGUGUGGGGGAAAGGGCAGGUGCGCGUGGUGUGGGGGAAAGGGCAGGUGCGCGUGGUGUGGGGGAAAGGGCAGGUGCGCGCGGUGUGGGGGAAAGGGCAGGUGCGCGUGGUGUGGGGGAAAGGGCAGGUGCGCGCGGUGUGGGGGAAAGGGCAGGUGCGCGUGGUGUGGGGGAAAGGGCAGGUGCGCGCGGUGUGGGGGAAAGGGCAGGUGCGAGCGGUGUGGGGAAGGGCCAGGUGAGUGCGGUGGGGUGGGGGAGGUACAUGGAGGCCGGCCCUGCCAGCCUUGUGUGCGGUGAGACGGGGUCGGGCAAGACCAUGCAAGUGCCACUGAGACACUUGACAUGGUGUUACCGUAUCAUCAUGUCAUGA